GCUAAUUAAAAUUUCCAACUAAGCUUUUGCAAAGAUAUGGAAAAUAUUUCGUACACUUUUCAAACUGGCCGGCAACAUCACUAGCAUACUGUUUUCAUCGCUAUUCCAAUAUCAACGAAUGCUAAGUGGUGUUAUUGCGCGUUGUUGCUUUCGACACGUCGGACAUCGGACAUUGUGUACUGGAAUUUGUUUAAUUCGUGUUUAUGUGGCGGUGAAAACUGAAUUUGUUUUGAAUUUUUGGUUUCGUAGCAAGCAAGUGUGCGAUUAUAAAAUUUAAUAUUUCAUAUUCCGUAAUUUAUGUGUAUACGGUUUAACAGUAUUUAAUAAGAAUACGGUAACCCGGUAUGCUUCAUCGUUUCUAAAGAUAUUCUUAACUUCAUAUCUUUCGAAUUAAGGUGCUUUCUGUGCGCGUAAUUUAUCGGCGAUUAGCAAGUGUUAAUUUUAUGAAGUAGGAAUAUUAUAUUAGAUAUUAAAGAAUCAAAUAAACGCCAUUUGACAAAAAAAAAAAAAUUAAUUAAAUAUACAAUAAUUAAAUUAAUUCCAUAUACUUGUAUGUAUGUGCAGUUUAUCAAGUUAAUGAAACUUCCUUAGAAAAGGGGAAUAAAGUGAGUGUUUGUAAAAUUAAUUGAAAAAGUGUAAUAAUAAUAGUACAAAUAAAAGCCAGAAUGUCACCAUGAAGUAAAAAUAAAUCUUAAACUUAAUUAUAAGAAGUGAAUUAAUUGCCGCCAUCCAAGAGUCGCAAGGCUACGAUAACACGUUGAUCACGGGGAUAUACCUAUUUACCAGUAAGUACUGGAUUUGGUGUUUGUGCCAACGCUUUUAGGUGAGCGAACUUUUUAAAAGAUUCAUGCCAAAGGAUUAAUGCACUGGUACUGGUACUUUGUUGUUGCGCACUCAGUAAAAAGCGAGUUAGACGACCAACACCGGCAUUUUAAGUUGCAUUGACAAUAACAACAAAAGUGUGAAAAGUGCAAAAGCAGAAGCAAACACAAAAGAUUUAAUUUCUAUAAUUGCACGAACGAAAAUCAAGCAAAUACAUCCGAUCAACGCUCGUUUUACUUUUGCUACUUGAUCGCUUCAGUAUCUUCCCAGUAAAAAUCACCUUUUUCGGCCACAAAAGUUUUAAUUUUUAGAGAAAUUGAGCCUACCCUAAACAGAAAAACAAAAAAAAAAAAAUGCUUCCGCACAUGCAACGUCGUCGUUUAGGCUCUGUCGGCGAUUCUGCGCCACCAUCCGAAUCCUCCGAGGGUACGAAUUCAUCCGAACAGAACGAGCUGAUGAUCAAUCCCGAUUGGUCGGCACACUCACACACCUCUUCGGUACAUACGCACACAAACACACACACCACUGCAUCGACGAACAAUACCAAUACAGCAAAUAAUCACAACAACACAUAUUUCGUUGGCUCCGAUGUGGACGCCGACACGCUAAGCAUCGAUACAACGAGCAAUUCAAAUCUCUCCGAUUAUGAGCGCGGUCAAGUGGAGAGCUUUUUCGGUGGUUUGGGUACCGAUAUUUUCGUCUGCUCAUCACUGGCCAAUUUGUAUGAGGGCACUGGCAAAGAGAGUGAUUGGCGUCUAGUCUUCACCGGUAUACCAGUCGUUUUACAUGAUCGUGGGAGCGCGCGCUCUCGCUCCACAUCACGUGUCACGCUGGUACUGGCCGAACGUGGCUCAUGUUUUGCACUCUGGUCAGAUCGCAUUGAUAAUUUGUCAAAUUAUCGUUUCGCCGGCCCGUCCUUCCAUACGAUGUGUCUCUCAACGAACCAUCAACAGCUGAUUGGCUUCAGUUUUGAUUCAACCGAUUCGGCUUGCGAACUCUAUCAUCACAUUGAAAAGCUGGUAAGUGAUCCGGAAAACAUAGCUCUCUCACUGCCGGGUAAGAAGAAGAAGUUAAAGCAGAAGCGUGUCAAGCCAGCACCGUUGCCGCCCAAAUCGCAAAUCUCGCAGCCAUGUCAAUUCCAGCAUGUCACGAGCGUUACCAAGGACGAUACGGAUCGGUACUACAGCAUGCAAGCCUUCGCGCCGCCAUCGCUGAAGCACCGUUGAGAGUAGGUGAGAAGUGAGAAGCGAAGUAGCCAUAAAUUUACAUACAUAAUGUAUGUAUGUAUAUAAAUAAAUACAUAUAUUAGUGGUAUAAGCCUCGUGGGGUGGUCCUUAGGUGCACGGUAACGACGUCAAUUCGUCAACUUAGUGCUUAAGUAAAUUUUUAACAAUCCAACUUUUUAUUACUAAAUAUUAUGUAAACGAAAUAAGAUAGUGGGACGAAUACAUAUUCAAACUGUUUGAAAGUAGCCAAAAUCAAUAAGCCGACCUUUGUAUCUUUCUACGCGCCUACCAAUCAGACAUUUUGUGUAAUAAAUAAAUUAAUAAAUAAAAAAAUAUUUAAUAUUUACAUGUGUAUAUGUUAGAUUGAAUUUGUGUGUUGCAUAUGCAUAUUUAUCUGUGAUAUAGACAAAAAUCCAUUUUAUAUACAAGUAUGCGACACGAAAAAAGGAAUGUGAAGAAAGUAGGUUUUGUUUAAGAAUUCGUGACAUAUGAAAGUUUACAGACAGAUAAAUAUACUUACCAUAGAUAUAAUUACUAAGUAAAAGAUCGAUUGGGGUGCAUAUCGGUAUGUUUUGGCGACGUGAGCGUCUCUGCUGUAUAUCCGUCAUUAUUAAGCUAAGGCAAAUACACGUUAAAGAAAAAAGUAGUCACCGUUGUAAACGUUUUAUAUGUAAGCGCUAGUUAAGUUUAGUGAGAAAAUUUAUAAAGCAUAAACAUUUAAAGAAAUACUUAAUUAUAUAUUUUUUAGCACCUUCUAGUUAAUAUUUUGGUUCGAAUGCCUACAGAUCGAUUAUUAUUAUUAUCAAGUAACUUACUUGUAUUCUAUGAAAAAAAAAAUAUCAAAGCCACAUGCUACAUUGUAAUGAAGUGCUAACGACAAAGGUUCUAACUUCUAUUUAUCGAAGUAUGCUAAAAUAAUACUAAUAUUAUUCCGCCAUAAAUCCGAACCCUUUAGGUUAGACCGACCUAAGUGUAACACAUAAAUAGUAAUAUUAUUUUCUCGAAGAUCUAUCCCACAAGAAAAGAUUUCAAAGUGUAAAAAAUGUGGAAAAUGUUUGAGAAACUCUAUGUUCACUUGCCGGAAUCUUGGAAACCUUGAAUCUCGUUUUCCAAAAAUUUCCUCUUGAAUUCUUUUUAAUAAAAUGUGAAUUUUUAGAAUAUUAAAAAUAGUUAAUAAAACUUUUUGUAUUAAUGAAUUUCAUCAGGAGCAUAGGGUGGUUCAGAGAGGACCUAAUAGAGUGAGAGUAUUUUAGUCUCGGUGGUUUCACAAUGGCCCUCCGAAAGGCCUAGGUACGUCGUCAGUUCGUCGUCGUUACCUAUCUAUCUACGAUAUUAACCUACUUUUAAAACAAUAUUUGAAAAAAAAAUCUGUGUGAAAUAAUAAGGUUCUAAACCGUUAUUCUGUGAAAAAACUGCUCGAUUUGUAAAUGAAAAAUGAAAAAAUGAAAAAUUUAUAAUGCCACGCUUCAAUAUAAGAAGAUUUUAUUAAAGUACUUUGGGAAUACGCGAACAUUUGUGCUAUAAUUUCGAAAUUAAAUUUCAAAUUUUUCAAACGAAGGACGUUUCCUAUAUUCAAUUUCUAUCCUUGAUAAGUCAAUUGACCCCAACAACGACUAGCGACUAAAUAAAGCUCUUUUAAAACUUUGAUCAGGGAAGCUUGAUUGUUGGCAACCAUGUUGAUUGCAGAAAAGUUUGUGAUUUUUGAAGAAACAUUUCCUACCCAAUUACAAGCAACACUCAUGAUUAGAGAAAUGUUUUUAAAAGUAUACUUAGUCCAGCCAUAAGUUCUGUUACAAAUCAAAUUUAAACAAAUUUAUAUUUAUUUAAUAUUGCAUAUAUUAAAUAAAAAAAUGAAGGGGUAUAACGCUUUUACAGGAGAAUCCCCACCAAACCAUUGCAGCAGCUGGAUGGUGACCACGUUGAACCCUUAGCGUUUGCGUGAAUUUUGUCAUUUUGCUUAUUAAAAAUUUUUUCCACAAUGAAACCGGGUUUCUUCUGUAAAUAGUAUACUUUCAUGGUCGUCGAUCACGUUCCACUGACGAAGCCGCUACUGUUCAUUUGUUGAGCCUAAUUUAUCAGAAGAUGAUCAGUUGAUCGAGGGUAGGCUUUCAAGUGGAGAUCAUCUUGUACAAACCUUGGCAUUGAUCUGGUUGAUAUAUCCAUUUCCCUUGACAUCAUUUUCUAUUUUCUAAGGGGAUAUUGGCGUAGACAUCACGAACAGUUUUUAUGGCUGAAUUGGUUCGAAUCACUCUUUCUGGGCUCUAGUUUUAAAUAAAGCUCUGAACAAAACUGGAUGACGAAAGCUUUCGAAAGCCUUUGAAAGCUUUUUCGAUCAUUAACUAGCAUUAUAAAUAUAUAUGUAAAGUAUUAUCUAAACAGCGUAGACGCAGUUCUUAUAUAAUUAGGAAGAUCCGAACCUUUCACUGUUUCCACCAUAUCUGUCGUUUCAACAAUGAUAAAUGUUGACUUACAAGUCUUGAGGUGCAGUUUGUUGACUAAUACUUUUAACCAAACCCAAACCCACACAUAUUUCUAUAUUUCUUGGACGAUGAUGACUUCGCAUGUUAUAUCUUUAUUGAAGAGCACGAAAAAUCGUAACAGCGAACUCUUAUUUAAGUACUCGUACAAGUGAAUUGCCAAAAAUGGUAAAUGAAAAGGUGUUUACGGUAUGCGAGCUUUUAAAAAUUAUUUUUAAAAAUCUUAUUUAUAUAACAUUAACCUCUUAUGUUAUAAAAAUGAUCACAUUAUACCUAUGUAGUUCACAUGUUGCUAUUCAAUAUGAUUUGAGCUUCCAAAUUAUUUACUGCAAAUAUAUUAUUAAUAACUAUAUAAAAUUUAUUUUAUUUAAUAAUCACAAAGUAUGUAUAUUAAAAUAUGUCAUGACAUAAAAAUAUAAUGAAAUUAAUGUUAUUUAUAUUCAGAAUGUUUUUUUUUGUAAUUACUACUCGUACUUGUAUUAUUCUGGGGCACUAGGGUUGACACAAUAAUUAAGUUAUUUAACCUUAUCGUUUAGAAAUUAAGAAAUAGUUACAAGAAAAAAUAUGUAUGUUUGUAAUAUGUUAAUGAAAUCACAAACGAUUUUAUUACUUUUCGUGCAAAACCUACAAAUUAAGUGAAUUAGUAGAAAAUGUGUAAAAAGUGCACACACAGGCACAAGCAAUGUGUGUGUGUGUGUUUAUUUAGUUAGUACAAAUGGAAUGAUGACAAAACCCCAACUGACAUUGCCGUCGCUGCCGUAAUUGCUGAAUAAAAGUGACAAUUACAUUUAUCUUGAAAGGCAAUCGGUCAUUGAGGCCAUCGGCGGUUUGAACUUGCAACAGAAAACAAUCAAAACAAAAGCAAAACAAAGCAAAUGUACAUAAAUCAGCAGGCAAUUGUCUUGUGGGAAAACCUUAGUUGUACAAGUAUGUAGCUUUUAUUAUGCCUAUACACAUAUAUGUACGCACGUAUGUAUGUACGUAUGUAUGUAUAUUUAUCCGCAAACUUAAUCAAUGUCAAAUUAAAUAAAUAUGUGUAAGUGGAAUCCAAAAGGUUUGUUUGUUAUGCCGCCAAGGACAUGCAAAAUAUUACAUAUAUAUUAAGACCUUUAUGUAUUAUAAUAAACAUUAAAUAAUCGCUGUCAUGUUUUCAAUGCGAAUUGUAUUAUUGCAAUGACAUAAAUAUAUACAUAUUACAAAUAUCUAUUCCGAAUCCUAAA